GGCACUGGGAGAGAUGUUGAGCUGGCUGCUUCCACCCAUGGCUCUGCACACACACAGGGGCGGGUUGUGCCGGGGAGAGCGGGAGGCUGGGCUCCGAGGCGGCGGAGGCGGCGGUGGAGGUGGAGGAGGAGAAGGCGGCGGCGGCGGCGCUUCCCCAGCCUGCUUGCCUCCCUCGGUGACCGAGCCGCUCCUGCUGCUGGGCUGUUGCCUGCGCCCGGAGGAGCCGGCCGAGCGGGGGCUGCUGGCGACGCCGGCGGGCGCGAUGAUGGCGGAGGGCGGUGGCGGGCAGCGGCAGAAAGCGCUGUCCCUGCUGGAGGCGGCCCGCUGCCGCUACGAGAGCCUGCAGAUCUCCGACGACGUCUUCGGCGAGUCGGGCCAGGACAGCAGCGGGAACCCCUUUUACAGCACCACGGCCGACUCCCGCUCUGCCUCCGAGGAGGAGGACGACGACGACGACGAGCGCGACGCCCCGGAGGGCGGACGGAGCCACAGGGGCAGGACCGGAGGCCCCCGCGGCUCCAAGGCAGCCCCCGAGCAGCAGCAGCAGCAGCGGCGAGUGCAGGGCGGCUCGGAGGCGGCUUGCCCUGGAACCACCCAGCAGCAGCAGGGAGAGGAGGAGGAGGAGGAGGAAGAAGAGGACAAGAGGGGCUGGAGCGACCACCUGCGAAACACGCCGACCCCUUCGUUCAAGGAUAGCAGCGGCCCAACCCGCAAAAUGCCACCAACUGCCAGUGCCAUGGACUUCUUCCAACUCUUUGUCCCCGACAAUGUACUAAAGAACAUGGUGGUGCAAACAAAUAUGUAUGCCAAGAAGUACCAGGAGCGGUUUGGGAGUGAUGAUGCCUGGAUGGAUGUCACCCUGACUGAAAUUAAGGCUUUCCUUGCGUAUAUGAUAUCCACAAGCACUCACCACUGCGAGUCUGUCCUCAGCAUCUGGAGUAGUGGUUUCUAUAGCAACAAGAGCAUAGCACUGAUCAUGACUCAGCCAAGAUUUGAGAAGAUCCUCAAGUACUUCCAUGUUGUGGCCUUCCGUUCCAGUCAGACUACACACGGCCUCUACAAAAUCCAGCCCUUUCUAGACUCUCUGCAACAUAGCUUUGAUUCUGCCUUUAAGCCUUCUCAAACCCAGGUACUCCAUGAACCUCUCAUUGAUGAAGACCCAGUUUUCAUUGCCACCUGCACAGAGCGAGAGUUGCGCAAGAGGAAAAAGCGGAAAUUCAGUCUCUGGGUACGGCAGUGCUCGUCUACCGGUUUUAUUUGCCAGAUUUACGUCCACCUGAAAGAAAGCAGUGGGACUGAAGGUCUGGAUGCUUUGAAGAACAAAACCCAGCUCCACAGUAUGGUGGCCAAAAGCCUUUGUCAGAACGGCGCAGGGAAAAACCAUAUCAUCUUCACUGGGCCCAGCAUUACCAGCCUGAAUCUCUUUGAAGAGUUUGAGAAGCAAGAGAUUUAUUGCUGUGGAUUACUAAGUGCAAGAAAAAGUGACUGCACAGGCCUGCCUCCAUCUAUGCUAAACAACCCAGAUGUUCCUCAGUCACGAGGACAGUACAGGAUAAAGAUGAAAGGAAACAUGUCCCUGAUCUGCUGGUACAAUAAAGGCUAUUUUCGGUUUUUGACCAAUGCUUAUUCUCCAGUUCAGCAAGGAGUUAUAAUUAAGAGGAAAAGUGGAGAGAUCCCCUGCCCACUGGCAGUAGAAGCUUUUGCUGCUCAUCUUAGUUAUAUCUGCAAAUAUGAUGACAAAUACAGCAAGUAUUUCAUUUCUCAUAAACCAAACAAGACCUGGCAACAAGUGUUCUGGUUUGCCAUCAGCAUUGCCAUAAACAAUGCCUACAUCCUGUACAAAAUGUCAGAUGCCUACCAUGUGAAAAAGUACAGCCGAGUGCAGUUUGGUGAGAGACUGGUCAAGGAGCUGCUGGGCUUGGAGGAUAUUUCACCUUCCAAUUGAUGGAGCGUUCCUCACGGCUCAGGUCAAGAGCAGAGAGGGGAAGAGGAGGAGGACAAGGAGACUGCGACUCUGGAAUACCGAAGUGGGGAACUUGCAAAUCUCUCCAGCCGUGUGGUUCCCCAUUUGAAAAAAAUGAGGAGGGAAGCCAUGAGGAUGGUGGAGGCUGUGCUGAAGGCACUGCUGGUAAUCAAAGGCCCUUGGAGAGAGCACCGCAUGGAAGUUGCACCUGCGAAUGCUCCAUGGGCAUUUGUACACCAGAAGUGAAUUUAAGUUAGUAGUUAUUUCUUAAUGCAAUUUGUCCAACAGGGUGUUAGUUGUCACAUGAGCCCUUCUCCCUGUCCCCUCCCAGACAAAAGCGGCUAAGCGCUUCAAACUGGCAUCACAGUCAAGCACCUUUGGUGUAGGGUUGUGUGACUGAGAUACACAGUAAAGGUGCCACAUGUUGUGUGGUUGAGAAUGCUCAGCAGCUGGAGCGGAGUCUGGAGGAGGCCUCUAGAAGAGAAAUAUUUAAAAAUGUAUAGAUCUAUUUUGCAAGCCUGUUCCUAGACAAUGGCAACUGAGACUUAGUAGACAGAUGAAGAUUUUAUUUUCUUGCAAUGCUUUUGAAUUGUAGUACAGAAUAUAAUUUAGGGGAAAGUAGUCUUUUUAAAAAAUAAACAAGUGAUUAGAAACUGGAAGGUUUACCAAUCAAAGCAAAAGUCAUUUUGCCACUGCUGAAGACAAUGUGCGCGUUGAUAUUGACUCCAAUGGUGGCAUAACAGAAGCAUAACAGAUUGCAUUUAAUAAAUAAAAUAUGGCACUCCCCCCCCCACCCCGCUGCCCUGGUCCCUGCAGCAUCACAUCUCAAAGAAAUGCUGGAUAUCUGAAGCACCAACUUCUCCUUGACUUUAGUAGGAUAUUCAGUUUCUUCUACAGCUGUGUCAGCAUAUAUGGCCCACCCCAUGGAUUAUCCUAUGAAUGUAGUAGCAGCCUUUUGAGCUUUUCCAUCUGGGCAAACUUCAUACAAUCCCACAAUUCAGGACAAAAGAAGGCAGACCAGAGGGAUGUCCUCUGCACUGCAGAAUGCCACUGCAUGUGAACAAACAAAGUGACUCUAUGACCCAUGAGUAGAACAGAGGAGGGUGACCCUUCCCUUCAAACUCUCUCCAUGCAGACGCAAAUUGUAAUUACAUCUGAUUUUUGGUUUUGUGUGUGUGCAUGUUUGUGCAUACAGUACUAGUAGCACAUAAUGCAUUACCAUGUGUGAGCAUCUUUUGAUUGGUACCAUAUUGUAAUGUGUUGUUUCCUCCCAUUUUCUUCCUGUCCUCCCCACCCUGCCCCCAGGCAAGACUGAGUUACUGUACAUUUCACAAAAGUGUUAGGCAAGAAUAGUCUACCAACAGAAAUGCAUUUUGUAGUAGCACUCUGAAGAUCUUCUUCAGGAGUUGCUAGAAAUGGAGAUUUCCCACAAUAGUUGUACAUUUGCAAAAUUACUUAUCCAAAAAGAGUCAUGUUUUAUGGUAAAAAUGCCAAGCUGGUAUAUACCCUAACAUCACAGGAACAAAAUUAAUUUUUUAUUGCUUGUGAACAGCCAUCAGUAACAGGGAGACUACUCUGAGUUUUGUGUCACCAAUGGCCAAUAGUUACGAGACUCUAUGGUAGAAGGUUUUCACUAAGAGCUAAAGGGGAAGGAAGGAAAGAACAUCCAUGGAAAGAACAUCAAUCCAUAACUCAUGAAAUCAAUGUACUUAAGGUGGGUGCCCAUCUUAUCCUCUCCCAAAGAUCAAAGCUGCUGUCAGGGACCAUUGCUUUUCAUCACAUCAGGAAAUGAGAAAUAUUUGCUGUGUUGGGUUUUUUUUACUGUUCAUUUAGAAUGUUAAACAAAAAUGGAGAGGAUAUGUUUUACAAAGCACAUGCAGCUUAUCAUUGUUUAUGUGGCAUCCCAUUAGAUGAAAUAGAAAUUCAGCCUAGAUAAAUUCUGAAUCUGCUGAUACAGCCAGGCAGCCAUGUGCUAAAAUCAGGGCCCAUUUUAAAAAGAAAAUGACCAUCAUGACAGAAUUUGGGAUUUUGAUGGUUUCUCCAUGGAACUGCUUGUUUGAGCAUUACCUUUUCUCUAGAUAUAAUCCAGAACUACACACUUCCAUGUAGUCUAAAAGCAGCUGGCCAGAGAGGCUGUAUGUUUCUAGAUUUGCUGAGGAACAUCCAAAUCCACGCAGUUGUCAGGAUUCGUCUGUACCUAGACAUGACCAUUUAGCUAUAUUCGAAGGAUUUCACACUGGAUGCUGAAAAUUUCACACUGAUGCUGAAAGUGCGGUUGACUGUUGCCGUUCUUUCAGUCUGUCCUCCUUUCGUUGACCACUUUUUUCUCCAGUGACAAAUUCCAGAAGAGAAGCCAUGUACUGGCAAAAAUUAUGUAAGAGUCUGAUGGCACCUUAAAGUAUCUCAGAAUUAUGGUCAUGUAAGGUUAUGUGGGCUAAAGCUCCCACUGCCCAAACAAUAUUUUCAGUUUCUAGCAUUCCCCCUUCCUCCCCUAGUUAUUGAGCUGUCCUGAUGCUUUGCUGCAGUUCGGUCUGCAAGCAAAAUAUUAUACUUGCUAGACUGUAAGUUCAAACAUGAAGGCAUUAUUAACCAGCCCAAAAGCAUCCUAAACAUUGUUGUAUUGAAACUUCACACUCAAACAGCACAGAUGGUGCCACCAGCCAUAUCCUGGUAUGAAGGGGUUGUGCACUAAAAUAUGCAGUUUGCCUGUGGCCCACCAUCUUCCCAUGAUCAUUUCAAAUUUAGCCUCUGUUGCUGGAGGAGAUGGCCACUUCAGCACAAGGUGUCACACAAGUAAAGGCACAGAGGAGGAUCUCACUACCGCACGCACAUUAACAGCUCCUUGCAGGCGGGGUGGGGGUGGGAAAUCUCAUUGGAAGCUUUCUGAUGGGAAGUUAUUUCACAUCUACUCGCCCUAGUAGCUACCAGGGGACAAAGUUCCUGAGAGACUGAAAGAGGUGCACUGUUCUAGCCAGGUUUACAUCCCUGAGUCAUAGAACUAGGAUAGUCUGGUGGUGGCAUGGCUCUUUCCAGAAAGGGAAGCAGUGAUGCUGUGCUAUGGUGCUCUCUUGAAUGGCCAGGGACCAUGAGUUCUGACAGCAUGCUGUGGAAACCCUCUCACAGUCCUUUGUUAUCAGGCAACAUUGUACACAUGCCGGCUGCAGAGCCACACAACCAGGCUAUCCCGGCUGCAGUGUCUGCACUCAGUGAAUUAGGCUCUGCGUCUCACCAGUGUCCAAGGAUAUUUCCCGCCUCUCCAAUCUCUUUUGCUUCCUCCCACUGGGGUCGCAUAAGGUACUUCCUUAGAAGUAGCCAACUCCAGUGUUCCCCAUAACAGGGAUUCCCAAAUGUUAUUGACAACAACAACAGCUGCAAUCACCCUCAGCUUCGAUGGCCUUUGGCUGGGGAUGAUGGGAGUUGUAGUCAACAACAUCUGGAAAUCCCAGUUACAGAGAACACUGCUCAGUUCUGAAAGAUGAGUGGAAGAAACAAGUGCUCAUGAAUGUCAGUGGAACCACCUUUAUCUGGCCCUCUUAACUCACCCAUUAAGACAUUGCACCCACUAAGCUACGUUUCGUACCUUCCAAAGGGUCAGGUUAAAAUUCACUGAAGAAGAUGCUCUUACUACUGACUUCAGUGUCAAUCAUUAGAACAAGAUUAUAUCUUGUAGAACUCUAUGGCAACACAGAAGCAGACACUUAACAAAAUAACAACCUUGCUUGUGUUAACAUUUCACCAGGCCCUAGUUUUGCCGUAGGAAGUGACUCCUGAGUACCGCUUCUUUAGAGUGAAUACUAAUUGGGGCUAACACAGGGUCAGGUUUUUAUAGAGAAAUAUUUUCCUCCAUUGUGGCUGGAAAAUGACAACAUGGCUGCAGGCUAUUUGGGGAAUCAGUUUUCAGCUUGAAAUGCUCCUACUUGACAUGCAUUCGGUUCCUUCAUUUGGGUAUUCAGUGGCAGAGCACCGAAUGACAGCUCUUCAAAGCUUACUUGGAUAAUUUUCCUUGUCAAGGGUACCAAGAAUCAAGUGAGUGUCAACAGUAAUCUUUCUCUUUCAUUAUUGUUGACAGGAUGUGGGAAAUUGUUUUGUUUUGGUUUUUUGUCUAGAAAGCAUCUUAUUUUUCUCUUUUAAACUUUGCAAAUCAUAUCAAUUAACUUUUUGUGUGGUUACCUUUUAAAAAACAACAGCAUUUUAGCAUGGUAGUUUUCUUGUUACAUAUUCCUUUGUUGUAAAAUUCCCUUUAGUUCUUCUUUCACCAUGAAACAACAUGUCUGUCUCUGAGACACUGAAGUCACUAAUAUGUCACUGCCCAGAGGCACAUGUUUUGGGCAGUGUAGAAAUAUGUUAAAUUGAUUGAUUGGUUGGUUGGUUGAUUGAUUGCUAUAUCAGGACUGAACUGGUGAAAGGUUCAAGGGCACAAAUGUAAACCUUUCAUAACCACUGAUUGUUAAGAACAUAAGAACAGCCCUGCUGGAUCAGGCCCAAGGCCUAUCUAGUCCAGCAUCCUGUUUCACACAGUGGCCCACCAGAUGCCUGUGGGAAGCCCACAAACAAGAGGUGAGGGCAUGCCCUCUCUCCUGCUGUUGUUCCCCUACAACUGGUAUUCAGAGGCAUUAUUGAUAUGGUUAUGUUAGCACUGUCUGUUUCCUAUCAUGGGUGCAUUACUGCAGGUUAUAAGCCCUGUACUAAUAUAAACACUAAGUUGGAUUUAAACUCUUCACUCCCCACAUGAACUUGCUUCUGUAGUGUGCUUACAAAAAUCCACUCAUAUACCACUCCUUGGCCAUCUUGAUUUUGUACAGAGAGAUGGUUUCAAGGGUAACUAACUCCUUUAUGUCUAAUUCUAUCCAUAUCAGUCUGUGUUAGCAACAAUAACUAACCACCCUAUUAAUAUCUAAAAUCCUUGUUAAAGCAUGUGAGUGCUUUAGCCAAAACUGUGUGUGUAGAGCCUUGUCAGAUCACAGGCAAUAGCCCCAAAGAGCUGUUCAAGGAAAGAAGAGGCAGUUCUACUAAGUCCAGCCCCUCCCCCCUCCAAUUGAUAGGCAAUACUGUCAAUCUAAUAGGCUAGAUUGGUUACACAACUAGGGUUACACAACUGACUAGGGUUACACAACACACACAACUUCAGUUUCAAUAGUCACAUACAAUUGGAUCAGGACCAAAGUCUAAAAUUCUCCCACUGAAAUCAACAGGAUUUAACAAGACUUAACUUUGUCUGGAUCAUGCCCUUAGUCUCACAGAUUCCACAUGGCUUCUUGUUUUUUAAAUCCAUGUUAGGUGACUGUUAAUGUUUGCAAUACAUAAGUCCAUUGAAGUCCAUCAUUGGAAAGCAUCUGCACAAAAUGCUGACCAGUUGGGAUAAUUAAAUUAACAUCUCUGCCAGACAAACCACUCUGCCUCCCACUCAUGUUUAAUGCACCACGCGCACUCCUGUGUCUUCCUACUGGAAAUUGCAAAAGUGCACACUUGCACAGUUUCACAACCAUAUGAUUAUGCAAGUUCCGUGUGCAAUUUCAGCAUUUCUGCAGGUGCGCGCUCUGGCAAUUGCCAUUAGGAAGACACUGCAGUGCCCUAAAUGUGUGCAGGAGGCUGUGUGGUAUGUCAGCCCCUAUUAGGUUGCCAAAAGAUAAGAUCACAGCUGAUCUUACUCCGAUAUCUGCAGUUAUCUCUGGAUAACCUGACAGGUAAAACUACUGUUGCACUGUUCACGUGACCAGUCUGCAAGGAUUCUUGCCAUUAUCAUCUCUUGCAGUUAAUCAGCAAAGGAGAUGGGAUGGGUGUGUGUUUGUGUGCGUGUGUGUGUGUGUGUGUGUGUGAGAGAGAGAGAGAGAGAGAGAGAGAGAUUAUCAUGUAUUAAGUGCCACUUAAAAUUAAGCAGCUCAAAGCACAUAUAAGAGAAGAGAGCAAAAGUUAUUUUUCUUCACCCCAAAGAUGCAUGCAUGGAAGCAGUCUUCUGCAUGUGUAAUUGAUGCAGAUGCUUAUCUGGAUGUGGAUACCAUCUACAUUGCGAUACUUGUCAUCAACUGGCCUGAUGCAUCUUUUGAUGGAUGCAUCAAGUGCACCCUUAUCUGUGGCACCAAUUGUUAUGCACAAGCACAACUUGUUAUGCAUAACAGAUUGUUGUGCAACAAGUUGCCCAGGAUUAGAGCUGGAUCAGGCCCUUUGUGUGCUGUAUCUCUGCCACACCACUUCAAAGAACUGUCAGGCAAUGUAAUAUGCAAACUACACUCUAUGCACAGCACAUUCUCACCACGUAUUGUGCUUCCAUGUGUUAAAAUGUUCUUUCUGCGUUAUUUAUUAUGAAGCAUAACAUUAGGUAUUGCUAACUGUAGAAUCUAUGUGGUUGCUAAGAGUCGACACCAACUUGAUGGCACUUAAUCAAUCAACUGUAGAAUCCAGAGGAAAGAGUUGUGGUAUGCAAGGACAAGACAGUGGAGUUGAAUCAGGAAUAUUAAUGGUUUAAUGAGACAGAUAUUAUUUACAGAGGCAAGUGCAGUCUACCUUCAGUGCUUUUGCUGCUGGUUGUUUGUUGGCUGCACCUCUACUCCAGGACUGGAAUAAAAAUAAUUAAAGCACUGUUCAAAAGCUGGCUAGAAUCAAGGAAUGGAUUAAGCAAAAACACCACACUAACUGAAAUAUCAAUGCAAAUCAAGUUUGCUCCUAUUUAGAACUCUGUUAGAAAUGCUCACUGGGACAUUGUCCACUGUUGCUUUUGGUCUUUCCCUAUUUAUCCAUUUGACAGUUAGGAGAAAUAUAGAAAUGUCUUUUUAAAAGAAGUGUUCACUUAUGUGCUCUGCUUUGCUUUUAGUCAUUGUUUUUGUCUCUUUCCCCAUUAACAGAUAGUUUUGAUUUUUCAAAACCCUUGUUUCUACAUGGCCAGGAGAGCUGGUCUUGUGAUAGCAAGCAUGACUUGUCCCCUUAGCUAAGGAGGGUCCACCCUGGUUGCAUAUGAAAGGGAGACUUGAUGUGUGUGCACUGUAAAAUAUUCCCCUCAGGGGAUGGAGCUGCUUUGGGAAGAGCAUCUAGGUUCCAAUUUCUUUCCCUGGCUUCUCCAAGAUAGGGCUGAGAGAGAUUCCUGCUUGCAACCCUGGAAAUGCCAGUCUGGGUAGACAAUACUGAGCUAGAUGGACCAAUGGCCUGACCCAGUAUAUGGCAGCUUCCUAUAUUCCUACACGCAGUUCUCUCAUGUCAUUAAAUAAGUGAGUUGGGGCUAUCAUUAUUUUGCAAUCUUAUAACCUUAACCUAUGAAGAAAGACAUUUCCAAAGUUCUGCAAAAAAAGAGACAGACUCAAAAUUGGCCUCUUUAGAACCUUUGAUUGAUGCUCCACUUGCACACUGCUGCAGGCUUUGUUCUUCCAGCAGUUGCCAAAUGGAAUCCUUCCUGACCCGGCAGCUCAUGAGCCCUCUUCGAGUGCAUCCUGAGGCUUCCUCUAGGUAUAGGCUGCCUCCACAAAUGCUGAUUUCAGUGAUGUUUGAGGGUUAGACAUCCACCAUAUCUGCAUUUUGCCCUUCUAUAAUGCCUUCCAGCUAAAGAGCGGAGGAGAGUGCUUUUAAAACCAUACUAAUGCAACAGAUGUGAUACUCCUUAAUUUUAGGGUGAGAAGGUAGUUAAGAUUAAGGAUUCUAUAAACACUUGCUCUUUGGGUUUACCAAAGAGCAGGCUUUACCAUGCAUUUACUGGGAGGCUUUACUGAAACUCAAAGUUGUCCCCAAAAAACCGACACAAAUAGUAGAUUUUUUUUUAACCCCAGAUAUAAAUUGGGCUACGCUGUAAUGCACUAUGAGAAACCUGAAUUGUGUGUGAACUGCUCCCCGAUAACUCGCAGGGACUUUGGGGUAAAUCUGGCCAAUAUGUGAACGACAUCUAACCACAAAUCACUUUUGAAUAUCAGAUGGAUUCUAGCUAGUUAGUGUAACAUUUCCCUAGUGUACAUGAUCCAACUUAAAUCUUGCUAAUCAGGUUAUUUCCAUCUGAGAUCUGGUAGUAUGGUUGACUCUGAUAAAGGACUCAUUUCCCACAAAAAUGGUGGAAAUGACUCCACUAUUUACAUCCCAUGCAAAUAACUAUAGCACCUGUUCUGUUAAGGUUUAAUGAUAUACCAGAGUUACCUUUCACAGUUGGGCUCUAGUGUACUGUACUGUAGCCUGCUAUAAGUGCUUGGGGAUGGAGAAAACUUGGUGAUUACAGCAUGUGUGAAGCCUAGUAUUAGGAAAGGGUGUCCGUCCAGCAACUGGGUGUGUAUUAUAUGUUGUAAUUUCCAUCCACAUUGAGUCACAAAAACAGUCAGCUCAAAUAGUUCUGCAGUGCUGUUUUCCAAAUAGAUGAAACAAUUCAUGAUCCUUUGGUUACAGUUUCAUAGAAGCCUUGAUUUAUGAUUCAGAGUCACUCAAUAUUGAGAAAGAAGGAUUUUUCUCUGAGUUGCUCAUUGCAACCACUAGUCCCCUGCUAACUGAGCAAAAAGGCACCUUUUAAAAGUGGUGAUUCUUUUUUAUUUAGCAGCGGGAGAACAACUGGCCCUACCCAACUCCAGCACAGAACCCCUCCAGUGGCUGUUGCUAGUGUCUAUCUUAUGUUUCCCUUUCAGAUUGUGAGCUCUUUGUGGACAGGGAGCCAUUUUAUUUAUAUCCAUGCAAACCACUUUGGGAACUUUUGUUGAAAAGUGGUAAAUAAAUAUUCAUUGUUGUAUAAUGUAGUCUUUCAGGGCCUAAAGCAGAUAACAGGUACCUCACAGAGAAGCAGCAACCUUGACCUGGAGAGGAAUAUUGCCUAGUGUACAGUGGCAUCUCAAGUCUUUUCUGAGCAGUUGGCCCAGAAACAAAGCCCAAUGGAGUCACCAGAAACAGUCCUGUCAACCUCUUCCUGAUUAUAAGAGUAACUUGCCAUAAGGGGAAGCUCUAGCUGCUACCAGAAGGAGAUCUGUAGCCUAUGAAGCACUGCUUACGAUACCUAGUAAUAGAAACAUUUCCAGUGUUGAAUAGUAAGCUUCUCUCUUACUGCCCAAUGGAUUUCUACAGAGUCCACAGCAGAGAUGGCAGAAGUAACAGGCCUUCCUAAAGAGGCAUAUCUAAAUUUGCCUGAGGAUGCACGAUGUCUUCCUUGACCUUUUCCAGGAUACAUCGUAGAAUGAAUUCAAUUGAGCAGUUUAAAUGUUGACCAGUAUAGUGAAACGAUUCCAGGAUUCUGUGGGCCUCCUUGUUUGCCACUGUAACAAGCCACAUUAAUGUUCUGAGAUAUCAGUGAUGCAUACAUAGACUGACUGCAGCCCAGUCUGUUUUAAAAAAUGUGGAAACCAGAGGUAAGCCUGGAUGUGAGGUAUUAACUUGGCUAUAGCAUAAGUGACAUAUCUGAAACAUUAGAACCACCACCUUGUGUGCCCAACUCCUCCUCAGUUUAUUCUUCUUAAUGCAGUGAAAUACAAGGGCUAAUCCUUUGUCAAGCACUUCCUUUUCACACACAAUUGGACAUCCUACUUACUAGUUACUCAGUACUUAACCCAUGAACUUGCCCUAUAUGUGGGGAGUUCACUGUUUGCCUCGGACUGUUAGUGGAGGUUAAUGUCAACAUUGAGCAAUGCUUCAUAAUAAACAACAGUUUUCAUUACUUAUUUUUACCAACUAUACCUUCUCUGUCAGACUGAAGUGUCCUAAUUGCUGUUUGCACAACCCUGCGGUGUUCCGUAGGUAUCUUGAGCCCCAUCCACAAAGUAGUGCACAUGAUUUUACUAGUGGUUUUCAUUUGGUAAGAAUGUCUUCUAGAAAAUAAGGGAUCAUUUUCCUUUACUAUUAAUCAUUUUUCAAUCCUACUAUUUAUGUAUUUUGAAAUCUAAUUUAUGCAAGCUAAGUCUUAUUUCCAAAGCAUCACUAGUGCUGAAGAGUGAUUUUCCUCUUGGAGACUUACAGCCUGAUCUUGUCUUCAUAUGCCAUUCUGUAUGUGCUUGCUUAGAGAGGGGUGCGGCAGCUCAACACCAGUGUUCCUUCUAACAGGGAUUCUCAGAUGUGGUUGACUACAACUCCCAUAAUCCCCAAACAAAAGCCAUUGCAGUUGGGGAUUCUGGGAGUUGUAGUCAACAUCUGGGAAUCUCUCUUAGAGGGAACACUGCUCAACACCCUGGUAUGUGAUGUAAUGUCAGCUCAAAAACACAGGAUAAAGAUGUUAGUCACUUUUGAGUAAUGAAGCUGGGCUGUUUCGUACAUAGGUGUGUUUGUAAAUUUCAUCCAAAUCAAGACAGGGUAUAUUUAUGGCAAUCACUGUGAUGAUGAGCCCUCAUGAGGGCCGCCGAAUGAGUCUAUGUAGAUCCACGGCAAAGAUAUCAGAGGGAGAACACACCACUUCAUAUAAUAAGCAGCAUUUCCCUUAAUACUGAUUGCUGCUCAAUGGGAUCUUGGCGUACUCCUGACAUCAGCAGCUCUGCUGAACUACAUUAGACACUGUAAAGUCUUUUUAAAAAAGCAUAUACUGUAGACAUAUCACUCUGAGAAGUAGUUACUUUGAUAUUAAAGUGGUUCAUACAAUACUUAGGUGUAAGUAACAUCAUCAUUCAACUAUCCAUCAACCGUUGUGUAUCACGAAUCUUUAUUGGAAAAUAAGUACAGAACUGGGGUUGAUUAAAUACUUUGAAAGGACCACAGUCCCAUUCCUUGAGACACCAGUGAUGCAGUGCUUGGGCAACAUAUUGACUAGUUGAGUGAAGUGAGGAGUAUUUAACUCAGCUAACCUUGUAAGCAUGUAUAGAUACUUGAAAGUACCACAAUUUACUGGAUGGAAGAGAAACGGGGGGUUAUGAGAAUUAAGUAGCAUACAUUGCAUUUUAGGCCAGUUAUUUUACAAUUUUACCUCAACCAAUUGCAACAGAAAUAUGUAGAUUUUCAUACUCAAAAGAUAUCCUGAUCAACAUAUCCAACAUUUACCAAAAUUGAAGUGAGGGAAGACCACCAUUGCUGUAUUUGAUUUUUACUCAGAGCAACAUAAACUUAGAAUGCACAAAUAUCUGAUCCUCUGUUGGUCCAGGAAUUUAAAAAUUGUGUUCAAUUAAAGGAACACAAAUAUUUAUUGACUGGGCCUAUACCCAUGAUGCAAUCUCAAAUAGGUUUUUUCUGUAAAUAUUGCAAAGGAAGUGGUUGUGCAGUUGUCUCUAACCAGUUUCUACCUCCAUCACUAUAAAUAUCACAUACACUACAAGUAGCAAAAAGAUAUAGGAAUGUUAAUUAAAAACCUCCUUUCAUUCCUUUCUGUUCUAUGUACAGCUCAAGUGAAUUAGUCCCUUAGAUCAUUCAGGGGUUACCAACCAUGAGUCCUCAGAUGUUACUGGAUCCAUUUUCCUCCAUCCCUAGCCUCAAUGGCCACUGGUAACCGCUGCCUUUAGACAGUGCCCAAGACUGCAAGAAGAGGGAAAUGGGUCCACAACCCAAGCCACUGUGCAUUUGACCCACAGCAUUUCAUUCAGUGACAUACAAGGGGUUGAAGUGUAUGAAAUAGAUUCCAAGACACUGUGGCUAUCCUUGAAAAGUUUCACCAUUUGUAUAAUACUCACUCCCAGGAUGGGCCAGAUUCCGGCACAUAGAUGGAAGUUGCCAGCCUGGUAAGUUAUCAGUUGUCUUUUUGCCUAUGAGAGAUAUGGAUGUCCCCAAUAUGGCAUGUAUCUAUACAACUCUCAGCUUUCUUUAACUGACCAAAUGAAGCUAAGCAUCUUAGGUAUGGUACAAUCUAAGGUGAAGUCAACAAGUGUGUACUUGCCUUUAAUUUUGCACAUGUUUUAAGUGAACGGGACCAACCUGCGUUCAAAAAAGGUGCAUCUUUCCAAGCUUAUGUCACUCUGAUUUUGGUAGACUUUGCAUGUAUUAUUAGGAUAUCUUCCUGAGUAUGAAAAACAACAUAUUUUUGUUGCAAUUAGUUUGUCAAUUUUUUUCCAUAAAAUGAAUGGCCUAUUUCUCUCUUCUAACAAAACUUUCAAGCAAGGAAAGGAUGCUGCUGCAGGUGGGGUGCAGAGUUGGAAGGCAGGACUUCUGCACAUCUGCCUCCAGGUGGGAAAAUUGUAACGUGGAUCCUUCUUUCUUAGCAGAGCAUGUAAUGCUGUUUAUAUACAACCCAAACAGGUGAAAACUAGGAGGCACUAGCAUCCCAUUAUUCCAGAGUUGCCUAGUUCAGUUCUUAUGUGCUUGUUCUCAAAACAAUAUGGUUCUGGCAUUGGAAAAUUAAUCAGUGUCAAAGUGUACAACUAACAAAGACCUCAUGCUUCACCACAAAAUAGGAGGAUGCUAUUUAUACGAUUGGUGUGGUGAUCGGGGAAGAUGCAAGCAAUUCAUUGUUCAAUUAGGGUUGUUACAGCAUGGCUUGUUUGCUUUUGUUUCACGAGUUCCAACUUUUAAGCUAAAUUUUGAUCUGGCAUGUGCACAGAAGUUCUAAAAAGCCCUGCAUACUGGAAAAUAGUGGAAUUUAGAUAAUACAAUAAGAGGUAGCUGGCCAAAUUAAAUUGACAUUUAGCAGUGAUGGUAUUACAUGGCUAAAAACGGCCUGAUGUGUUGUGAGAAGUGGAAUUUAAAAUUAAUUUAAACUAAUUUUGAGAUCUGAAAGACUCAGUUUAGUUCUUGUAACUCCUCCUAUCUAAUUUAAAAGGAGCUUGAGAUUCCAGCUAUUCAAACUUGGGAAUUACUUCACUUUUUCUGGGUAUUCUAACAUUUAUUUUAAAAGCCACCAAUAUGAGAGACCUUUGACAGAGUUAGGCCUCUACAAUUCUGCUCCAUUCUUGUAUACUCAAAAAUAUUGCUGUUACACCAUCCAUCAAGAUUUUAUAGCAAGAUCUCAGGAGUAGAUAUCACUUAAACAGGCAAGGUCAUACUAAAGGAGAUAACUGUAUAUUCAAAAAUGAACCCUGUGAGCUACAAAUUCUUGUUGUCCUUUUUCCACCAUUGCAACUUACAUUCCAUCUAAUGAAGUGACUGUACAGAACACUAUUGUAGUGCUGUUGUUGUGAAAAGUGCACUCAACUACCCAUGUGUUAUCAAGGCUAUGCUCACAACACAAACAGUGAUUGCAGUUCCGUUGCAAGCUUCCAUUUCCUUCCAGAAAAUGUGUUUAAAAGGUUCUGUUCAAAGAUGUCAAUGGUAGAUUAAAUGUGCGGUGCUGUUUUGUUUACCAUUUGGUUUGAAACCUUGAAGAACAAUUUUAUACAUAUGCAUCUGUUCAGGAAAUGCACAUGUGAGGAUCCUACUCCUGAGUAUGGCUCCCAUUCGUAUUUCUGGCUCUUUGGUUCAAGUGAGGACCUAACUUUUGUGACUAUGGUUUUUGUUUUACACAAGAGGCACGCUUGCAAUAAAUUUUUACAAGUUUUUUACACCAUGAGCUAAAUUCUGAGUUCCAAAACGUGAAGUGUGGUAACAACAAAACAACUGAAUGGAUUUAUAGUAUCACUCUGAUAUCUUGUCAUGUGAUUCUUUUUCCCCUUCAACAAAGUUUGUUUACAAUCAACAACUUUGAAAUACAGUCAAAUAUAAACUAGA